GAUUUCUUGACUUCUUGUGCAAAUUCUCUUCAGAAGUGGGCCCCGCCAAUUGAAAACCCAACUGAUCAACGGCCAGAAAUUGUGCUGUGGCGUUGGAUAAUACCAUGUAUCAGCACGGCGCACAAUGGCUCAGCUCCCCCAAUGAAUAGUUAUCGUUCUCCAUGGAUGCGCUCUGCUCCCCUUCUGUUAAAUCACCGCCAGUUUCAUGUACCUUUGUCUUUCUUUUAAACUUGAAGUUCGUUAUUGACCGUUAUAUUUAUACUAUCAAGAUCCAAACCCCCCUGGUGGAUUGAUUGGGAUUUUAUUAAGGAUUUGAUCGCUGGAUUAAUCGCUGAUUGUAACUAAUGAAAUUCACCUUGACGUUCUCCAUGGAUUAAUCGCUGAUUGUUUUUUUGUAACCAAUGAAUAGUUAUUAAGGAUUGAGUUUUGCAAAGCAAUGUGGUUUUCAAUUAGAUGUCACCGUACUCAUGGAAAGGACGGAGUUUGUCGAGGAGUCACGAGAAGAUAUUUCACCUGCCAUCGCGGUGGUUAUCCACAGAUGAAACUGUCUGAAGAUGGAAAGAUGAAAAGGAAUCGCUAUUCAUCACGUUGCGGCUGUUAAGCGUCCAUGCGCAUAUUGUGAAGCGGGCGGAUUUUGAUGUCCCUGAAUGGCAUGUUACAGGCUUUAGCAACAUCCACAACAAUGAAAUGUUAAAAUCGAAUGAAGUGCACCUCCUUCCUGCCUAUUGCACUAUUUUUUCAGAUGACAAGAGUCGCAUUUGCAUUUUUGCAAAAGCUGGAAUGUCGGUGCGACAGUUGUUACGAUUGAUGGAGCUAGAGAAAGGUGUGAAGCUAGGAUGCUUGCCUUCUACAGAAAUAUAUGCAAGAAACUUACUACUGUCUUUCAGAAAUGUUAAUCAAGACAAUGAUGCGAUUGAUCUUAUUGCGAUGUGCAAGAAACUGAAAGAUGAAGAUCACAGCUUUAAAUAUAACUUCAAAAUUGGUCGCCACAACAGGUUAGAGGAUAUCGUGUGGUCUUAUGCUUCAUCUGUUCAAUUAUACGAGGCAUUUAGCGAUGCAAUGGUUUUUGACACAACCCACCAUCUGGAUGCCUGUGAUAUGCGGUUAGGUAUUUGGGUUGGAGUAGAUAAUCAUGGGAUGACCUGUUUUUUCAGUUGCGUACUUCUACGUGAAGAAGAUACAUAAUCUUUUUCUUGGGCAUUGAAGGUAUGUAUCUGGUGAUUUGAGGAUGACCUUUCUUUUUUUGUAGCCCUGUUACUAGCUUGUCAUAUGAAAGCCAAGUGGAUAUCUCAAAAUAAAGGGACUGAGAUGCCAAAUAAAGGUUUUUUGAGUGCACAGUCUCAACUAGAUUGCUUUGUAGAGGAACUGGCUGAUAUUGUUGAUUACAAGUCAGAGAUGCCACAAAAGCUGAAUAGUGUUUUCCUGAAACAGUUUCACCCAUUGAAUCACAUGCAGCAUCUGUUCUUACUCCAUAUGCCUUUGGCAAACUCCAAGAAUAGCUCGUGUUAGCUCCACAGUAUGCAUCUUUCCCAAUAGACGAAUAUUGUUUCCAAGUCAGACACUAUACUCAGAUAAAUGGGGUUUGCAAAGUCAUCUGGGAUUCAUAUCAAGGGCACAUCAGCUGUGGCUGCAAUUGGUUUGAAUUUCCAGGCAUCCUCUGUAGACAUGUUCUCCUUGUUCUGUCAACCAAUUAACUGUUUUCAAAUUCCCGAUGGCGUGAAGUUAGUUCAAUUACCAGUUCAAGGAUGCAGUCCGAGAAAAUUCAGUUGCUAGAAUCCAUAGCUUGUACGGUUAUGGCAGAAUCGGUUGAAACAGAGGAAUGCCUUGAUGUUGCUUGUGAGCAAAUUUCCAUGGUAUUAUCGCAUAUUAGAGGCCUUCCUAGACAGAUACACGGUGAAAAUGCCUUUAACUGCCCGUCAGACUCGCUGAUUUUACCAGAGGUAGAAGAUUCUGGUGGAACAGUCACUCUAGGAAAGCUAAAAGAGAGACGGCCCAGAGGUGGAGUUGGUAUUUCUAGAAAAAGAAGGCACUACUCGAGUCCUUGCUGUGGGCGUUUUGGACAUGAUGCAUCAGAUUGUCCAAUGAUGAGAAGCGAACAUUUGAAUGGCUCUGAGCUAGUAUACUGGUAGAGUAGGAUAGUGGAGAUGGUAGUUUUUAUCAAAAGAAAUCAGAUCACUGUUGUUAGUGUCCAUUUCUACAAACAGUUCAUCGUUUAUCCUUCCAAAUGUUACUACGCAAGUAUUUGAGUGCUCUCAGCCAAAAACACCUGCUCAUUUAUCAAGGGUUUUUACUUUCAUUGAAGCGAUAACAUGUCCACAGCCACGUCUCAUUAUAGCCAAGCCUGCAAAAGAAUUCCAUUCGUUUGUUUUAAAAUCACGGCGUUUUUAAGCAAGGUGAGUAUGUGCCACAGUGCAUUCCUACAAGAUUACCAGGAUUACAAAAUAUUCGAAUCUCCCCAUUUCUAAAGUUCACCCUAUGAAAGAAGGCUCCUAUUCUUAUCAUCUCUGAUUUUUUUUAGAUAUCUUCCGAUCAUUGUUUUCUUCUUAUGCCUUACAACCAAAUGAAACUUUAUUUGCUGCAAAUUAGGAAAUCAAGAUGUCUCUGGGUUCAGAAUACUUGAGCACAGGUAUGGAUCAACCACCUUGAACAUUUGGACGGGAGAAACUUUAUGUCUCAUUUUGCUGAGAAUAUUUUUUAUCGAGAAGAAGCGUUCCUUCAAGGCCAUUACUAAAUUAUUUCCAUCUCUGUUUAUUGUUCUAAUUAUGCAGAUACCUUACAUGCUGCUUUUAUUCUCUUUUUUGAUGAUUCAAUUUCCUGCUUGAUUAUUGCUAUUAUUUUCAUUGACAGUGUUAACACCAUAAAUUUGACCUUCCCCUAUUCCCUUUUCGCUCAUGUUGGCAAAGUCUUUUGCACACUUCAAGGCUUCAAGCCAUGCUGGUGAUAAUGCACCUGCCGUACAGCUCUUCUUAUGCAAAUGCAGAUGCACCAAGGCAAUUAUCUAGCCGUUGUUUCUUGGGUCUAAAAGUUCUCCGAGAAGAUUGAUGAGGAAUCAUCAUGAGGUGCUCCCUUAACAUUCAUUCCAUAGUUGGUUGAUUGAAAAGAUAGUUUGGUGAAGGGCAAUUCAAUUUCGGCCGUUUGUGACCAAUGAAAACAGCAUAAAGGGAAAGCACAAUGGGAAGUGUAUGAGUUGACAAAGUUGAAUAUGACGAAGCACCAUCUUUGUAUGAAAUUCUUUUUGAUCAGAAGAACCCAUGCAGAUGCCAUUUUAGGUCAACCGUGCCAUCUUUUCUGCUCACCGUUUCAGGUGAUUUCAGAACCACUAUACUCUUCCCCGUUAUACUGGUCCAUGUGUCUGACCAAAUUAUAAGGCCAGACCCAGCCACCCAGAAUCCUCUAAAUAUCGAUUUCUGUCAUUUUGUUCCUUCCUCUUGUUUCACUUUUCCGGAUUUUGCCACCCCAGCAAGAUACUGUUAUACUUUGGUGUUCAUAAUAAUAUACCUUGCGAUGUCAACACUCAACAGUUGAUCAGGGCUUAAUAAAGUGAUAAUCUACCAAGAAUAUAUGCAUAUUGGCCAUCCUUUUCACUUUUCUUUGCUGCGCAUAACCGUCCAUUCUUAGUUCACAUCGCAUACUAAAAAUCAUGCAUCCUUUGUUGGACUGAGAUUGAUCAACAGGUGUGUCUUUAAUAAUAUUAAUUAAUAAAGUUCUGAGAUUAAUGAACUUGAUGAGACGCCUAUCUUUAUAGCACUCGUGAACUGUGCAAUAUGCAAGUACGAUUAUAAUCUGACAUGUCCAUUAAGGACUGCUAGUGCUGAUUCGAACUAUGAUAAAAAAGCUCACCUGUUCAUUUCUAUCAUUGGAUUGAAGUGUGUCGGAAACCUUUUGAUGCUGCAAGGUGUUCACACUGACUCUGGAUGAGCUGUAAAAAUAACUUAAAUGUACACUAAAAUUCACUUUGAGAUAAAGGUCUAGAAAAGAAGAAAGGACAAAAUGCACUUGGAGCUAAGGAAGACUCAAAGAGAGAAUUAGCAAAUGCCCUUAUUUGAUUAUCUUCAUUGAGCAGAAUAUUAUAGUUUUAAAUUUCCUGAGAACCAACUAUACUUGUGUGAAUGCUUGACACUAAAGGCCAGAACCUGAGAAUCUUUGGCCUUUAAGCAACCUUUUCACCAAGCUAUUCUGCAAAUUUCUGUCCUUUUUAUGAAAUGGGUUUUUAAAAAGCGGUCUGUAUUAAUUUUCUUCUUCAUCCUCUUGAACCUGCAUGAAUUGCAAUCAUCUUGGAAUCAACCAUGGGAAAAACAAGAGCAGUCACACACGCAGAUCUUGCACCAAGUCAUGGAAGUACGGGUUUGGGUAGUAAAACAGCUGCCUUCCUCAUGGUCUUGACCAUUGUUUGUGGCCUAUUUUGUUUCGUUCUUUGCCUUAUAGCUGAAGCAGCUCGUUCCCAGGUGACAUGGGUGAACUCUGAUAGUAAAGAAAAUGACGAGGAUUCCCAAUGUAUAUAUACUGGCAGUGGCAAGAUACCAUUGUUAUGCGCUGCUAUUGCAUUUGUAGGUCUAGCAGUUGCCAUGGUUGUGGAACAUAUGUACAUGUUGAUAGCAGUGAGCAAAGCAACGCCUCCGGCUCUAGUUGUUUGGGACCCCAAUUCUGCUAAUUCCAAGACCAUCACAUGGAAGGCAGGACUUUUCUUUGUUACAACUUGGAUAUGCUUUGCUGUUGGGGAAAUCUUGUUGUUAAUUGGGCUGAGUGUGGAAUCAGGGCAUUUGAAGAAUUGGUCUAGACCAAGGCCGAAUUGCCUCAUCGUUAGAGAAGGCUUGUUCUCUGCUGCAGGAAUCUUUGCAUUGUUAACAGUCUUCUUUGCCGCUGGAUUAUACUUGACAGUAUUAUGUGCACAAAGAACGAUCCAAGAGCACGAAAACACACGGCGAGAGAUACUUGAGGCCUCUGCCCUCUACGCGUCUCCGCCAAGGUCACCUCAACAUCAAAUGAUCACUUCCAUUGCGAGAGAGAAUCCAGUUGUUAGAGAGGAUCAGAUUGAGCAAUCAUCAUUCACAUAUCCACCAGCUUUCGCCAAGCAGUUACAUUUGGUACUGUAAAGCACGAAAAGGAUAUUUAUGUCGGUGCCCUUAGCUGCUUAGCAAAGCCAGAGGCAGAAGCAAGAGAUCCAUGGCAAGUAAUCAUGUGAAGGGAAUUUGUAUAUUUACAUGAAAUUCUGAUUGGUAUAACUUUUCUUAAUAUUUUCUUCUAAGAAUAUUAACCUGGUGAGAGUUGUAGGUUGUUUUACGGCAAAAAAAAAAUUGAAAAGAAAAUUACGGUCA